CCCAUGCCGUUAAUAGGAAAAUGAAGUUGGAGAAGGAACUGGCUUCCGAAUUUUGGCGUGUCAGCUGGGACGAUGUGCAGUCGAGCAACCUGGAGAAAAACCUACGCAGCAUGGGUAGCAAAGUCACCCUCUCGCUGAGGGGUUCAAAUUACGGAUCGUUGCUGACCACCGAGGGGCAAUUCCAGGUUUAUGCCAAGACGGCUUAUUACAAAGGAAACCUUGUGGCGGUGAAGCACAUGAACCGGAAGCGCAUCGACCUCACACGAGACGUUUUGUUUGAGCUGAAACAC